AUGAUAUCAUAGUUUAACCGCAAUCUUUCAAUCACCAGGAUGUGGGCUCAGACUUUCCUGAUUUUACUGGGGACUUUGGCAAUCCAAGCCGCCUCAGUUGGCCAAGAAUGUGGACGAUUCAAUGAAGAGCAGUUCAAGAGCAACAACAUAAUUACGGAGAAGGAAGAGCAUCCGUGGGUUGCACGGAUCGAGCAUACGGAUAUCGAUGGGGAAGAAAGACUGCUCUGCACCAGCAUCCUUAUAGAUGCCCGACAUUUGCUGACAGCCGCCCACUGUGUCGAUUCCGACACUCCGAUUACUGGUGUCGUUUUCGGCGACUCGGACUCGAACAGUGCAAGGCGUGUUGAAUCGAUCACCAUCCAUCCAGACUACUCAACUGGCAAACCCGAAAAAGACUUGUCCAUAAUCGGGCUACUCGAUGAAGUGAAAUUCUCAGAAUUUGUUCAACCCGUUUGCUUGCCUUCAGCGGAGGAUCCAAAGAGUAAGGCCCCCAAUUCAGAUCUUAUUGUUGCGGGAUUCGAAGGACCGGGACCUCCAUUAACUGGGCAUACCAGAUUGGAUGAGCGCAUAAAAAUGGCCUUUAAUAGAACAGACAGCAAUGAGUGUCACAAGCUGCAACCGCGUUUCCCAGCCGAGCUGAUCUGUGGCCAGGCCGAGAGAAAAGCCCUUUCCGGAUCUGCUUUGGUAGAGCCUUCUGGGACUCCCCGGAAGUUCCAUCUAAUUGGAAUGUCGGUGGUGGGUUUUGGCUCGCCCACAGGGUUUUUCCACGGUUUCCUAAACAUUCGAUCCCACCUAGAUUGGAUCCAGCAGACCAUCUCUAAGUGAAGAAGAGUUCUCAACUUUUCUCAUUAGUGAUAAGAUUUUCAAUUUUUGGUCACCAGGCUGUGACUUUUGACAGGUUGAUUUAUAAAUAAAGAAGCAAAUUCGUACGCCAA